CAACCACCCAACCGCGCUGUGUCCACCGCUCGAGCCAUUUUCCAAUGUUUAUCAGGACCUCAUAAAGCCGUGCCCGGCACUCCACGAAGUCACAUCUGAACUUUUCUCCUAAAAACUUCCAAUCGAGAAACCCCGCCAUCCACCCACAAUGGGUAUCCUUCUCUCCACCGUCCAGCGCACGCUGAACCUCCUCCUCCCGUUCACCCACCCGGGAACUCCCCUCGUUCAAGACCUUAUCCACACUGCCGUCCUAAUCACAACACUCUACUACGCGCCCCAAAUAGCAGACUACUACAACGCCCACUACCGUCCCUCCUCUCCUCACACCCCACGAAACGAAGGCGACACAGCCCCAAUCGACGGCCAAGUCGAUGGCCCCCCAGCAGACAUACCAGAUGCCCCUCUGGACGACGCCUGGGUCCUCCAAGACGACGGUGACAACGAAGACGCCGGGCUCGAGCCCCCACCCCUCGCACCAACACCGCCGCCAGGCCAGCUGCACAACCCCCCGCCCGAGGACGGCGUGUGGCAGAACGACUUCGCGCCCGGGGAUCCCGGGCCCGCGAACGACCGCCCACAAGCGACCCGCGCGAACCGCGUCAUCGGCGCGAAGAAGGCGAAGUCCCUCGCUCGCCGCGACCAGCGCAGGGCAUACCACGAGUUCCACAGGAGCCAGGCGGAGCAGCGGAAGUUAGCGGAGGAGGCGGGGAGGGAGGAGCGCGAGGCGGCGCUUGCGCAGGAGAAGGCGCGGCGUGCGGAGGUGGAGGCCCAACUUGCGGAGGAGAAGCGCGAGAGGCUGGCUUGGGAAAGGGAGCAGAAAAGGAAGGAGGCGGAGGAGGAGCAUCAGCGGCGCGAGCGUGUGGUGGAGAAGGUCCGGGAGGAGAUUGUGCGGAAGGGGGCGGUUGAUCUUGUGGAUGUUGCGAUUGAGGAGGGGAAGGAUAAGGUGUGGGUUGAGCGGUUGGUGCGGGCGAGCGGGAUGCUGAGCCAGAUGGAGAAGGGAGGGGCGAAGGUCAUGAUCACAGGUGAGGGGUGGCUCGUCAAGAUCGAUGCUGAGCUUAUGCGGACGGUGUACGAGGAGGCUGCGUCGUUCGGGAACUCAAGGGAUGGCAAGGUCAGUUUCGCGAACUUUGGCGGGAUCUUGGAGAAAGCCGUUAGGGCGAGGGCGUUGGCGGCAGUUUGAGGGUGGACUUCUUGGAGACGAGCAUAAACCGGCGUUUGCGAUCCAUUUACAUGAUGCAGACGGAUCGGCCAUUAUACCCCAACUAGGCUAAGGAAUGCUAUGAAC